AUGCGAAGGUUUACCAGCGAUUCUUCGAAGAGGCCCAUUGUUUCAGUUACCCGCCUGAGGUAUCAAGCAGACCUAUUGACACAUCCUGCAUCUUGGUCAGAACGAAGCUGUCUUACAAGAUUAGUGAUUAGUUUGAGUAGGAAUAUCCAUUUUCUGACUCCCACAAUACCAGAAGGCAGUUCCAUUCAGUUGCUUUUUUGUCUUUGUUUAAUCUCUACUCCCCAGUCCUUGACUCGGAAAAGCUGCGCGGUACCAUCAGAAGGAAUCUUAAUCGAAAGCUGCUAUGAAAGAGGGUUGGAUCUCAUCUAUCUCUCACUUAGUCCAGAGCUAGUCUCAGACUACCAUUGCCUUCAGAAUCAGGCGGCUAGAAUCAGCGUUUCUGCCCAAAAUACUGCUCUAUGCUCCUGUGGGUCCAAUUCGACGAGUGUAAAUUUCGGAACGUCCAAAAGCCACUACUAUCUUCCUGAUGAAAUUUGGUUAGCCUACUACCUACCAUACUUAUACCAGGCCGACGCGCUAGGCUUCGUGAAAGGACACCAGAGUAUAACUAAUUUGACAGCUAGAGAAGAAAAUGAUAAAUUUUCGGAUGACUUUUUUCCGACGCAAGGCUCUCUAUGGCAGACUUGUAUACGUGAAACAGAGCCACCUCCGGACAGACUUCCAUCAUUUGACGUCGUGGUUGCAUCACCCAUGAUAAGAAACAAGCUUUUUCGUCUUUUCACGUCAUUCCAUCUUACUGCAGUCAGUAGUAUACAACUAAAUUGCCAGAAGAAUCUUCACGGUUACCUAGUGCAGAAGCACAUAUCAUCUUUUGGAGACGCCACUGAUGCAAUUGUACCUCAUUAUUAUUUAUCGAGUUUUGUUCUUGGUAAUUUAACUGUGCUAAAUAGCGAAGAUAAUAGGCCUUGUGGCCCGGAAAGCUCAUUUUCUGUACCAGCUCUCCGAUUACACCCCCAUCAUUUACUCCAAUUGAAAUAUCUUUUUUAUGUCUUUAAAUCCUUCUCCCAAGCUCCUUGUGGAAAUGAGCGAUCUAUAAUAAACAACUUCAAACUUAACCAAAAUAAAUAUGAAGAAAUCGAAGAAGCCGGGGCAAAUUCAGGGGACAUCGCCUUGUGGGUAUUCUAUAUCCCACUUCACGCUCUUCGAAUGCAUAGCAGUGUUACAUCGAAACAUAUCUUGCCAGCUGCGCCGGCUUCAGACUCAACUUCCGCAGCACUCAAGCUGUUUAAGUUCACACCGAGAAACAUGAAGGGGGAGCUGGGAAGGGAAGAUCUCAUUGCUAAUAUAACCAGUCUAAGCUUGAAAAUCGCCUUUCUUUAUGACGAUUUGCAGGAAUUAUUCGAACGAAACAAGAAAGUAAAUGUUCGCAAGAAAAUUGGAGAGCCUCUAAAGCAUGCAAAGCGGCCGCUUGGUAAUUUCCCUUUGGAGAUUUUAGUAGAACAUCCAAGCUUGGCAUUGCCCAAAAACAUGCUUGGACGAUAUCGAGGCCUUGAACUCUAUCCUCGCACAUACCUACCACGUCUUGAACACGCCAGUACCGUAUCAUAUGCCAUAGCCACCCUGCCAGCCAACCAAGCUGUAAGGUUGGGCGGCCAUUUCAACAACGGCGUCUUUGCCUACAUUAUUCUCGUUAUUACGGCUACCGGGCACGAAAUCGAGAAUUCCUUUGAUCCAGAACUGAACCUCGUGACUACCUAA